AUGACAAUCCGACACCAAGGUCAGCAGUACAGGCCGAGGAUGGCAUUUCUGCGGAAGAUUGAAGCCCUCGUCAAGGACAUGCAGGACCCAGAGAUGGGGGUCAGAGUGCAGAACCAGAAGGUCGCGGUCAUCAGCGUCCCUCACGCCAUGACGGGGAGUGAUGUUCUGCAGUGGAUCACCCAGCGGCUGUGGGUCUCCAGUCUGGAGGCACAGAACUUGGGCAACUUUAUUGUCAAGUACGGCUACAUCUACCCCCUGCAGGACCCCAAGAACCUCGUUCUCAAGCCUGACAACAGCCUCUAUCGAUUUCAGACACCGUACUUCUGGCCCACCCAGCAGUGGCCGGCUGAAGACACAGACUAUGCCAUCUAUCUGGCCAAGAGAAAUAUCAAGAAGAGAGGGAUUUUAGAAGAAUAUGAAAAGGAAAAUUAUAAUUUCUUGAACAAAAAAAUUAACUACAAGUGGGACUUUGUCAUCAUGCAGGCCAAAGAGCAGUACCGGGCUGGAAAGGAAAGGAAUAAAGCGGACAGGUACGCGCUGGAUCGCCAGGAGAAGGCGUACUGGCUGGUGCACCGAUGCCCCCCGGGAAUGAACGACGUGCUGGACUAUGGCCUGGACCGAGUGACCGAUCCAAGUGAAGUUCAGGUAAAACAGAAACAAACAGUGGUUUCUGUCAGAAAAGAGAUCAUGUAUUACCGACAGGCCUUACUGAGGUCCACGGUGAAGUCUUCCGUGUCCCUUGGCGGGAUCGUCAAGUACAGUGAGCAGUUUUCAUCCAACGACGCCAUCAUGUCGGGCUGCCUUCCUAGCAAUCCUUGGGUCACGGAUGACACCCAGUUCUGGGAUUUAAAUGCCAAACUGGUGGAAUUCCCAACCAGGAUGCGGGUGGAACGAUGGGCUUUCAACUUCAGCGAGCUGAUCCGAGACCCCAAGGGUCGACAGAGCUUCCAGUACUUUCUCAAGAAAGAAUUCAGUGGGGAGAAUCUGGGAUUCUGGGAAGCCUGUGAGGAUCUGAAGUACGGAGAUCAGUCCAAGGUCAAGGAGAAAGCGGAGGAGAUUUACAAGCUGUUCCUGGCCCCAGGGGCGAGGCGGUGGAUAAACAUAGACGGCAAAACCAUGGACAUCACAGUCAAGGGGCUGAAGCAUCCCCACCGCUACGUGCUGGACGCCGCGCAGACCCACAUCUACAUGCUCAUGAAGAAGGACUCUUACGCCCGCUACUUGAAAUCCCCAGUCUAUAAGGAAAUGCUGGCCAGAGCAGUUGAACCUCAGGAAGCGACCAAGAGAAGCUCGAGCCUCCGGUUCAUGCGGCGCACCCUGCGCUCCAGCCCAAGCCCCGUCAUCCUCAGGCAGCUGGAAGAAGAAGCCAAGGCUCGGGAAGCGGCCAACACGGUGGACAUCACCCAGCCGGACCAGCGCGCGGCCCCCAGCCCUCACCUGACCGUGUACACCGGGGCCCCCCUGCCCCCCUCUCCGUCCAGCCCCCGCUCCCCGCGCUGCCGCUCGCCGCGGAGGCCCUUCCCCUCGCCCGGCCGCUUCCUCCGGCGGCCCAGCAGCACCGUCUGCCCCUCGCCCAUCAAGGUGGCCUUGGAGGGCUCCCCGGGCGAGGAGCCGAAGCGGGAGGCCGCCCGCGGGCGCUCGGAUGCUGAGACCGGCGGGGCCUCCGCGGACCAGCCCCGGCCCCGGGCCCCUCCCAAGGCCCGCGUGGCCCUGUCCCUCGGCCGGUUCCUGAGACGAGGCUGUUUGGCCUCCCCGGUCUUUGCCAGGCUCUCCCCCAGGUGCCCCCCUGUGCCCCACGGGAAGGUGCAGCCGCUGGGGGAGGCGGGCCGGCAGCUGCCACGACCGAGGUCCCGGAGAGCAGCCAACUUCUUCCAGAUCAAAAUGGAUGUGCCUACGGGGAGCGGGGCCUGCCUGGUGGGCUCAGAGGACACGAGGACAGGAGGCCGGAGGGGCCAGGCCAUAGAAAAGGAGGUCAUCUGCCCCUGGGAGGGCCUGGCCGAAGGCAAGGCUAGCUGAGCCCGGGGCCUCGGGCUAGGCAGUCGCUCCUGCACACUCGGCUGGAUGGGGCCGCGGGACACGCUUG